AAAUAAUUUGGUGAAUGGCAUUUUCAUUUGGAAAUACCUCAACUGCUGCUCCAACCUCAUCCACCAGCUUGUUUGGUAACACUGGUACUGCCAGUAACCUUUUCGGUACCAAGACUGCAGGCACUCCCCCUUCCCUUCUUGGUGGCAGCUCAACCACUUCUACCCCAACUGCUGGAACUUUAUUCGGAGUCAAUCCUUCGGCUGCUCCUGCUGCGCCUGCAACUGGCUCAACAGGUUUAUUUGGAAAUUUAUCUGCGGCCAAGCCAGCAACAGCAACAAGUACAACCUCACUAUUCGGUAACAACUCACUUGCAGCAGCUCCUGCUGCCUCAACUGGUUCAACCUUAACCCUUGGUGGAACAGCUCCCAGUUUAUUUGGCAAUACCAACACUCCAGCCAGUUUAGCUGCACCUGCACCCAGCCUAUUUGGCUCACCUGCACCUGCACCCGCUGCUGCACCGGCUCCUAAAGAUGAUGCAGUUACGUUGGGUGGAAUAAAGUCAGAUAAUGCUAAAAGUACAGGACCAAAAGCUUGGAGAAACGAAACUGUGCCUGAGCCUGUGUGUAAGCUGGUGGACGAAAUGAAAAAGUUUCUGAAGGAGCAGAAAGAAUUGAAGGAUGAGAUAAGCCGGUUCUCUCCAGCUUCAAUUGAUAAAGUUAAAGAAGAGGUUGAGUUUUUGAUAAAGAAUGCAAGAUAUUUGUCUCAAGCAGUUGUAGCUGACACAGUUGCCGUUGCAAAUCUGAAGAAUUCCGUUAUUGAAGAACUCAAAAAUUGCGAGGUCGCCCAAAGAACAAGAGACUCCACAAACCUCCCAUUAGAAAUGUCACUUCCUAUGGAAUACUUCUACAAACGUGUUAAUCAGUUUGAGGAAGCUAUCCAAACCUACAAAGUUCAGAUUGACGAGAUCGAGAGCGUGAUGACAUGUGAUCACAGCGUGGUUUCAACAGCUAACAUUGGAGCUAUGCUGAACAGAAUGCAGCAGAUAUUCGUAGCUUUAGCUAGCAAGCUUCACUCUCUACACGAGGACAUAAAAAUACAGAAAGAUUUUUAUCUCAACUAUCGAAAAGUAAUCUACAGAGACGACACUAACAUAUUCGAGAUAAGGAGGAAAGGAAGGCUGGUUUCACAGGUGUGCCCAACUCCUUUCUCAGAUACAACCAACAUGCUACCCUCCUCCUUCAGCCAGAUGAGCACGAUAAGUUCUACACUUCCACAAAACACAACUCUAACGUCCUCCAGCCUGUUCAACAAGACUGCACCUAGUUUCAAUACCAGUUUCAAUACCACAUCAACCCUGUCGACUACUCCUAAACUCGGAAUCAAAAAAAAGAGAUGAAAGGUUAAAAGCGUUGUGAUGCUAUAGAUCUCACUAUAAAUUUUGUUUUGGUUGAACUGAUUGACUAUUGAUAAUAAUGAUACGGAAUUUGUGACUUUGACUUCGUUUAUUUGUACACUAAAUUCAUUCGGCUUUAAUCAAGGGUUUAUUUCUAUUAAUGAUUUGGGUUUGAAAGAUCAUUUAGAUGUUGGAAAUGGGAAGUUUAAGUGGGGAGACAUCUUUACAAGAUUUUGUCGACUGGUAUCGACAUUUUAACACUUUAUAAGUUCAAUUUUAACAUAUUUAUUUUACACAUUAUAUAAAUUGACAUCGCAUUCUCUGAAUGAUUCUCGUUCUUUACUGCUUCACUCAAGCUCAUGUUCUUGAACAACCUUUAAAAUUCAUUAUAAUGAACAGAAAAAGAACAUUCCAAACUUUUCAAUGCAAUGCUUGUUAAAGUUGCUUAUUACUACCAUUCUAUCAGCUAGUGCUGAGAAGCACAUCGUGGAAUUAGACAUAUCUUCAAUAUACUAUACAAUAUAUAUUAUACACUAGAUACAGUAUACACUACUACACUACACUAUACAUUAUAAUUAUACUAUACACAGUACACUAUACACAGUACAGUACACACUGUACAUUAUACUAUACACAGUACACUAUACACAGUACACUAUACACAGUACACUACACAUUGUACACUAUACACAGUACACUAUACAUUACACACUACACACUAUACACUACCUAGUGUUGAGUAUGCAGUAUUAUCACAUUACCCGCUGUGUGCGUCCUUAAAGUUGUCCUAAAAGUACCCAUUUCCUGUUUCAUUCAAUAUGUGGCUAAUUAUUAUAAUAUAGAGGUUGUGCGACUUUGUUUUACACGUGACAGUGAUACUAGUAUUUGAUUGGUUGGAGCUGCAAGCUGAUUGGUUGAUUGUUCUCACGUGUCCCAAAUACACAUUUAAUUACACAAUUGUAAUGUCACAUAAAUAACACUGUAUUUUCUGU